CCUUUUUUGAAGGGGAUCACCCUGUUCUAGUCGUCCUAUAAAUGAGCACUCACAUGCUCAUGAGACACUUGUAGGGAGCAGAGAAAGAAAACUGUAGAAAAGAAAGGGAGAAAGAAGAGGGUAGUUGCAGUGAGAUAGCUAGCCAUGGGAAGGCCUCCAUGCUGUGAUAAGAUUAACAUUAAGAAAGGUCCUUGGACUCCAGAAGAAGACAUAAUCUUGGUCUCCUACGUUCAAGAACAUGGACCUGGGAACUGGAAAUCAGUAGCUACAAACACUGGCUUGAUGAGAUGUAGUAAGAGCUGCCGACUAAGAUGGACUAACUACCUCCGGCCAGGAAUUAAGCGCGGAAACUUCACCCCGCAUGAAGAAGGAAUGAUCAUCCAUCUACAAGCUUUGCUAGGUAACAGGUGGGCAGCCAUUGCUUCUUACCUUCCUCAGAGAACAGACAAUGAUAUCAAGAACUACUGGAACACCCACCUGAAGAAGAAGAUCAAAAAGUAUCAAACAACAAUUGGUAGCUACAUGACUCCAUCUGAUUCAACCAUCACCUGUCAUGAGCUUAUAUCCAGAAGCUACAGGGAUGAGACCAGGAAUUCAGAUAUCUCCACCAUCCACUCCCUUCUCCCCAGGUCCAGCCAUAACUCUUCCACCUAUGCCUCAAGCACCGAAAACAUUUCGAGACUCCUAGAAGGGUGGAUGAGGUCCUCUUCAAAGGCUGAUCUCAAGCUAGCUCAGGAUAAACAACAUCAAAGCAUUGAUGCCUUCAAAAUCAGCAGCAAUGCUGCUUUUAACCAAGCAUAUUUUGAAGUGGGGCAAGUUAAGAGUGAUCGAGAAUGUGGUGAUCCUAUUCCCCAAGCACAUAUUGAAGGGGGACAAGUUAUGGAUGACCAAGAACACUGUGGUCGCAUUCCACAUGAAGAGGUUGAGUCAUUCCUCUCAUUUGAAAACUCGAGCGGCAUUUCCUGGGAGAAAUCAUGUGUCAACUCUACAUUCUAUAGACCGCAGUCCAUGGUAGCUGAUGCUGAGGCCAAGCAGAGACCGGACAGCGGACGCCACCCUCUGUCUUUGUUGGAGAAGUGGUUGCUGGAGGAAGCUACAGGACAAGUCGAUCUCAUGGAGCUAUCUGCUGAUGGCUGCUCAGAUGUCAUGUUCCAAUAGUUCUUAUCAUGCCAUUCUAAUGACUCUACCAGCCAUGCAUAAGAUGAAGACAAGAUCAAUGCAUUAGCUGCCAAGUGACCAAGUACGGUUACUAGUACUUAAGAAUACUUAGAGACUAAAAUAAAAAGAAAGUAAAUAUGCAAAGCUGUGUUUUAUGAAUCAUCUGAAGCAAAAUCUAUUAAUUCAAGUGUUAAUCUUUCAUAGUCUUCUGCAUGGUGUAAAAUUCUUGAUGUAAGUGUUCAAUGUUACUGAAUUACAAAUCUGUGUCUGACAAGCA